CCCUAACCCAAUUAGACACUAGCACUUGACACGACAAAUGGCGCCGUGUCAUCGCUGCUCACAGUCUCACAACUCACCACCACACGCUUUCUUACUGACGUGUCGCGGGUGUCAUAGAAGCUGGCAUCACAGAUGUCAUAUCCCCCCGGUGGAAGAUAAAGAACUCAUCCGCCGUAUUCACGCCACUACUGCUGGAAACCAGGCGGAGGACUUAGCUGCGUGGUUAUGCAAGCGAUGCAAGAAACACAAUGGCGAUGGAAGUGAUAACGCAGCAGCGUCCACAGCCAUCAUAUCAAGUGGGAUAACCAGUGCGACCAGUGCUUCACCGACGGUCGCGACUCCUUUGGAAUUACCAUCAGCGAAGAAAUCUGAUAUAAUACAGGCGCCAGCUCCCCCACAGGAUAUUGAUGUCGAUACCAGCCGUAACAACAAUGCUGACGUAACGCACACACCAGCUCCCUCGCAGGAUGUGGAAGUCGGUAACAGCCGUAACAACAACAAUGAUGAUGAUAUUUACGGACCUCCUGUGGAGCGCCGUGUCAUCCGUAUUUUCCCCUCCCUAGCAGAAGAACUACGAGAAAAAACUCCAGCACAGAGAGAUGUGAUGUACAGUGGCCAUCAUGAAGCCAGCAAGGCUUCUUCAACAUCAGUUCUCGAGGCUCGCCCAACAAUUCACACAAGGAAAAGGUUCAAGACUAGAGCAAAAAAGUUUGAGGGCUCUUCUGAGGAUGGUUGCCAUCCAUUCUUUUUUCUUAUUGAUGACUGGUUACGAGAACGUCGUCGUGAUAUUAGCGCCCGCCGUGUAGCAUAAUACCACUACCCCAGCUCAACCUGAGUACUAUAGUGACUACUGAGCCAAUGCAGCAGUUUG